AUGCUAAAAAUCCUAACAGCAACAUUCAUACUUCUACCUCUAACAUGAUAUUCUAAAAAGCCCUGACUAUGACUUAACACUACAACACAUAGCUUCCUAAUUAGUAUCUGAAGUUUAACACUCCUUUAUCACAACUCAGACUUAGGCUACCAUUAUAACAACUCCUUUUCAUUAGACCCGUUAUCAGGCCCCCUAUUAGUAUUAUCAUGCUGACUCCUUCCACUAAUAAUUAUUGCUAGCCAAAAUCACCUAGCCCAUGAACCCUUAACACGAAAAAAAACCUAUUUAACAAUACUCAUUAUCCUACAACUCUCCUUAAUUAUAGCAUUCGCCUCCUCCGAACUUAUUAUAUUCUAUAUCCUAUUCGAAACAACUCUAAUUCCCACUCUAAUCAUUAUCACACGCUGAGGCAGCCAAAACGAACGACUUAAUGCAGGCCUGUAUUUUCUAUUUUACACCUUAGUUGGAUCUCUACCACUUUUAGUAGCCCUGCUUCACUUACAUAAUAAACUAGGCUCUUUACACAUAUUAACAAUAUCACUAGCCUCACCAACCCUAGAUACCUCAAUAUCUUCCUCUCUACUUUGAUACGCCUGUAUAAUAGCAUUCAUAGUAAAAAUACCACUAUAUGGCCUACAUCUUUGACUCCCCAAAGCACACGUAGAAGCCCCUAUUGCAGGGUCUAUAGUUCUAGCUGCCAUCCUACUAAAACUUGGAGGUUAUGGUAUUAUACGAAUUACAGCCUUCACUGAACCCCUAACAACAACCCUUUGCUAUCCUUUUAUAAUUUUAUCGCUCUGAGGUAUAAUUAUAACAAGCUCCAUUUGCCUUCGACAAACAGACCUUAAAUCACUCAUUGCCUAUUCUUCCGUAAGUCAUAUAGGCUUAGUAAUCAUCGCAGCACUCAUACAAUCCCCCCUUAGCUUUAUAGGAGCUACCGUACUAAUAAUCGCCCACGGAUUAACAUCCUCAAUAUUAUUCUGCUUAGCUAAUACCAACUAUGAACGCAUCCACAGUCGAACCCUAAUCCUUAUCCGAGGACUUCAAAUAAUUCUCCCUCUUAUAUGUGCUUGAUGGUUACUAGCAAGCCUUGCCAACCUAGCACAACCCCCCUCAAUUAAUCUUUUAGGAGAACUUAUUGUAAUUAUAACCACCUUCUCUUGAUCUAACUUCUCACUUAUUCUCCUAGGUAUUAACACGGUUAUUACCGCAAUUUAUUCCCUUCACAUAUUUAUUACCUCUCAGCGAGGUAAAUUUACUCAUCACAUAAGCCCCAUCAAACCAACAUUCACCCGAGAACAUAUACUAAUGACAUUACACCUUCUACCCCUUAUCAUAUUUUCAAUUAGCCCCAAAUUUAUCCUCGGCCCCACAUACU